AUGAAUGAGGUUGUUUACGAAUGGGAUAUAUAUGCGGAAGGAUCGAAAUCAACACCAAAACAUCCAUAUGCUGAAUUCCGCUUGAAAACUUAUGCUCAAACUGCGUUUCGUUUUUUCCGAGACGCAUUCGGCGUAGAUUCAUCAUCAUUCAUAUUGUCACUCUGUGCUAAAGACUUACGUGAAUUACCAAAUCCAGGCGCAAGUGGUUCGAUAUUUUAUCUCACUGCUGAUGAUAGUUAUAUUAUCAAAACUGUAUCGAAGAAAGAAGCACGAUUUCUGCUCAGUCUUUUACCUGGUUAUUACAUGAAUUUUACGCAAAAUCCUUUUACGCUUUUACCAAAGUUCUUCGGCUUAUUUUGUUAUCAAAGUGCGAACAAAAAUAUUCGCUUUGUAAUUAUGAAUAAUUUAAUUCCUACGAAUGUUAAAUUACACGAAAAAUACGAUUUGAAAGGUUCCAUUUAUAAACGUAAAGCAUCCGAAGAGGAGCGAAAACGUGACUUACCAACAUUGAAAGAUAAUGAUUUCAAAUGUUUACAUCCACAUGGCAUCAUUUUAGAACCAUUUUUUUACGAUCAACUCAUGCAAACUAUCGAAGAUGACGUUCGAGUGCUCAGUAGUUUCGGUAUCAUGGAUUAUUCAUUUUUACUUGCUGUUCACAAUAUAACUGAAGAAAUGAAAUCAACAUGUCAAUUAACAUUUGAUUCCACCAGAGCAGUCACAUCGUUGAGUGAACCGAGUGCAUCGGAUUUUCAUACGAAUGGUACGUCGAGUAUUCAUGAAGAAGUGACAACAACAUCGACAGAUUCCGGUAUUGCUAUGACGACAAUAUCCAAGCUUCCAACGUAUGUACAAUAUCUACGGGUGAUCGAAUUCAUUCGUGCACAGCAAGAAACUUCGAAAUGUCAUAUCGAACGUUCCUUGUCAGCGAAUCAUAUCGAAACAGCGAGUAUCAAAACUAUGAAACCAGAUGCUUCGCCGAAAAUUCAGAAGACAUUGACAGAUACUCCUCAAUCGAAAGAACAACGAUUAAGUUUAACAAAUGUUACGUUUCGCAUCAACAAUCGAAGUCCAGUUUACCAUAACCAUAGCGCUCGAUCAUCGUUCCAUACGGCAGCUGGUUUAAUUGGAGGAGAUGUUUGGUACAAUCGACAAAAUCUUUCUCGACUAGCAAUGGCUGGUGUACCAGCAGUGAAUAAAAAUGGUGAUUUAUUGUUAUUAUACGUUGGUAUUAUCGAUAUCCUACAGAACUAUCGCUUACGUAAAAAACUUGAACAUGCUUUCAAAUCAACGCUAGUAACGAGGGAAGAAGUAUCCGUCUGUAAUCCAAGUCAUUAUAGUGGUCGUUUUGUCAGAUUUAUUUCACGUCGAGUAUUCCGGAAAGGAGGUCCUCAUGGAAACACGCUACUAUCUGAUAGUCAGUCAAAUACAGAUCGACUAACUGUGCACAGCAGUCGAUUACUGGAUCCAUCUUCAUUGUAUCAUUCACCACUGAGUGAUGAUGACAAGUCCUCAACAAGCAAUCAGAACAACGAAAUGCAGAGUGCCAGAUCUUAA